GUCGGCUUUGAAUCUGCAGAACUGAAAGAGACAUCAUGGAGUUUCCAGAAGAUUUCAACCAGCUUGAGCUUCUGAAUACACACGGACACCUGAUCCCCCGAGGAGCCAGCAGUCUGUGGAAUGGAAGCAAGGAUGAGGAGGAAGACAUGGAGGAGGAGGAGGCAGAACACAGUGAGGAGUGGUAUCUAGAAAAAGAAGAAACUCUCAGUGACAAACCAGCAGAGCUCCUUCUCUGGGCAGCGGAAAACAAUCGCCUGUCAACAGUCCACCAGGUGUUAACCGCUGAUCCUCUGCUGGUGCACUGCUGUGAUGAGGAUGGUUACACUCCACUGCACCGCGCAGCAUACAGUGGUCAUGUUGAUGUGGUUUCAGCAUUGCUCGCGGCUGGCUCUAAGGUUAACCCCCGUACCAUCGACGGCUGGACACCACUUCACAGCGCUUGCCGCUGGAGCCGCAUCACCGUGGCAAGUUUUCUCCUGCAGCACGGAGCCGAACUCAACGCUCAGACCAAUGGAGGGCUCACACCACUACACCUGGCUGCCUCCCACACCAGCGCCUCGAAAACAGACUCUGCCCACACAUUAGAGCUCCUCCUAUCUCAGCGGCACCUGAAGGCAUGGCUCCGCAGCAGCAGCGGGGAGACAGCUAGUGAGUUGGCCCGACGUAGUGGCCCGCAUCAUUUCCUGUUUGAGAUGGUAGAAGAUUGUGUCAAUGUAGUACUCGUCUCAUGAAUGAAAACUCACGCUGACACAUUCACCUUUUCUUAGGGUCCUUGUAUGUACAGCUCCUCUUCUGCUGAAAGUAAUACAGUUUAGAAUAUGUCAUACAAAAAGAAGACUUUCACUUUAGUGUGAUAGAA